CGUCCAGCCCAGGUUGGCGGCUCCAUCGCUGGUCUCCUCCAUGGCAUCUAUCUCAAACGUCAUGGCGCCAACGUGAUCAUCUUGGAACAAGAUCCCAACCCCAGGCGCAGUAGCCACAAUGCCGGCAUCUGUUUUGGUCCCUCGGUUCAGGAAUUUCUUCGCUUAUACAAUGAUACGGGUAUUCAGGCUUGCCAACCAGCUGUCGUUACCAGAUUAGCAUACCGUCAGAACCUGUAUUGGAGAGACACCGGUAUCGUCAGACACCUCACCAGCUGGGGUGUGUUGUAUCGGAUCUUGCGAGCCAACUUUGACGGAUUGGCGUCUGACGCUGUAACCAUCCCGCCUCCAGCCAGGGCCGGAGAUGGCCAAUGCAGCUAUCUCCCUGGUCAGAGGGUGACGAGCGUGCAGAAGACAUCAGAUGGUGUGGUUGUUGGGUAUCUGGGCGAGGAUGGAAAAGAGAGAUGUUCGGUGGCUGAUCUGGUUAUCGGGGCUGAUGGCCUACAUUCGACCGUCAGGGGCUUAUUGAAUGCCCCUGUGGUGAAGGAGUACUCCGGAUAUGUCUCCUGGAGAGGAACCGUCUGCGAAGCCAAAGUGUCACCUGAAACGGCCAGGUAUUUUCAAGAUCGGACAGUGCUCAGUUUGCUGAAGAGGACCUACAUUGUAUGCUACAUAAUCCCGCCCGAUUCCGGAUCCUUUGCCCCUGGCACCAGGCUGAUAAACUGGGUCUGGUAUUGUAACCUUUCUGAGACCCCUGAGACCAACUUUGCGGAACUUUUAACGGACACCAAUGGACACCUCCACGCCAAUACCGUUCCUUCCGGACUCGUACGGGCUGAGAUUUGGAAGUCUCAUCUGGCUCACAUGCUUCCCUUGAUACCAGGCCCCUUUGCAGAACUCUUUACCCAAACAGAGCAACCAUUUAUUACCAAGGUGAAUGACGCUCUGUGUUCGAAAGCAACAUUCUUCGACGGGCGGGUCUUGCUGGUGGGCGAUGCACUGGCUACCUUCCGGCCUCACUUUGCCCUUGCAACAGAGCAAGCCGCCAGACAUUGUUUAGGUCUUGCAAGAGUGUGGAAGGGGGAGAUCUCAUUGCAGCUGUGGGAAAGGGAGGCUGUUGAUCAUGCUAUAAAAAUCUGGUUAGGAAGCCGAGUGAUGGGGGCAGGACUCUUGCGGGGAUGGGUUGAGUUUUUGUUACUGGCUUGGAAGUACGUGGUUUUUUUUGCAAGAUCAAAACUAGGCUGGAAUAGAGUGUGA